CCCUCGCCUCUUCCUGCCGGGCGGUCCUCUCCGCUCCUCAGCCCGCUCCCUCCGCCCCGCUCCCUCCGCCCUCCUGGGGUUCGGCGGUGGCGGAGUGAACGGGACGGGCCCGGUCGCGGAGCUCUGGGCGGCGGGUGGGACUCGGACGUCUGACAGAGUUGUUGUUCCGGCAGCGGCCGCGGAGACGUGAGCUUUGCCAGGUGGAUGUGGGAAGAGAAGUUUGCAGAACUGAAAUGGAGGUCAGAGCUUCAUUACAGAAGGUUAGUGGGUCAUCUGAUUCUGUGGCCACUGAGAACAGUGAAGAAUUUGUUCUGGUUCCUCAGCACACAGAUGAUACUUCUACAAAGGAUGAUGGAAAGCCACGACUGAAGAUAGCUUCCAAUGGUGAUGAACAGUUGGAAAAAGCCAUGGAAGAGAUUUUGAGAGAUUCUGAGAAAGGACAAAGCAGCCUACUUGUUGACUGUCAGGGUUCCAGUGAGAUUUCAGACUACUCGUUUGGAGAUGUUCCAGCCAGCCAAACCAAUAAGCCAUCUCUUCAGCUAAUUUUGGAUCCAUCUAAUACUGAAAUUUCCAAACCCAGACCGUCUUCUCCAAGUGGACUUCCUGAAGAAGACAGUGUUUUAUUUAACAAAUUGACUUACUUAGGAUGUAUGAAGGUUUCUUCCCCACGUAGUGAAGUAGAGGCCUUACGGGCAAUGGCAACCAUGAGAGCUUCCAGUCAAUGCCCCUUUGCUGUUACACUGUAUGUGCCCAAUGUUCCAGAAGGUUCUGUGAGAAUUAUAGACCAGUCAAGCAAUGUGGAGAGAGCAUCUUUCCCAAUUUAUAAGGUGCUAUUCUGUGCACGUGGACAUGAUGGGACAACAGAGAGCAAUUGCUUUGCAUUUACAGAGAGUUCUCAUGGUUCAGAAGAAUUUCAGAUACAUGUUUUCUCCUGUGAAAUUAAAGAGGCAGUAAGCAGAAUUUUAUAUAGUUUCUGUACUGCAUUCAAACGUUCUUCCAGACAUGUGUCUGAUGUUAAAGAUUCAAUCAUCCCAACCCCGGACAGUGAUGUGUUUACCUUUAGUGUCUCCUUGGAGGUAAAAGAAGAUGAUGGAAAAGGAAACUUUAGUCCUGUGCCUAAGGAUAGAGAUAAAUUUUACUUCAAAAUAAAGCAAGGAGUAGAGAAGAAGGUUGUGAUUACAGUUCAGCAACUUUCUAAUAAAGAAUUAGCUAUUGAGAGAUGUUUUGGAAUGUUAUUAAGUCCAGGUCGAAACGUGAAGAACAGUGACAUGCAUUUACUGGAUAUGGAAUCCAUGGGAAAGAGCUAUGAUGGCAGAGCUUAUGUCAUCACAGGCAUGUGGAACCCCAAUGCACCAAUAUUUCUGGCACUUAAUGAAGAAACCCCAAAAGAUAAAAGGGUGUACAUGACUGUGGCAGUGGACAUGGUAGUCACAGAGGUGGUGGAGCCAGUUCGCUUUCUCCUGGAGACAGUAGUUCGUGUAUACCCUGCAAAUGAAAGAUUUUGGUAUUUCAGUAGAAAGACUUUUACAGAGACUUUCUUCAUGAGGUUGAAGCAGUCCGAGGGAAAAGGCCAUAGCAGCGCUGGAGAUGCAAUAUAUGAAGUGGUGAGUCUGCAGAGAGAGUCUGACAAGGAGGAGCCAGUCACUCCUACUAGUGGAGGAGGGCCAAUGUCACCCCAAGAGGAUGAAGCAGAAGAAGAGAGUGAUAAUGAACUCUCAAGUGGAACAGGCGAUGUGUCAAAAGACUGUCCUGAGAAGAUCCUCUAUUCUUGGGGAGAAUUGUUAGGAAGAUGGCACAAUAACCUUGGUGCCCGACCAAAAGGGCUAUCCACUUUGGUAAAGAGUGGUGUUCCUGAGGCAUUAAGGGCAGAAGUAUGGCAGUUAUUAGCAGGAUGCCAUGACAACCAGGCAAUGCUGGAUAGAUACCGAAUUCUUAUCACAAAGGACUCUGCACAGGAGAGUGUAAUUACUCGAGAUAUUCAUCGUACAUUUCCUGCACAUGAUUACUUCAAAGACACUGGAGGAGAUGGACAGGAAUCUCUUUACAAGAUCUGCAAGGCCUACUCUGUGUUUGAUGAAGACAUUGGGUACUGUCAAGGACAGUCUUUUCUUGCUGCUGUAUUGCUGUUGCACAUGCCAGAGGAGCAAGCAUUCUGUGUUUUGGUGAAAAUCAUGGGUAAAUAUGGAUUGAGAGACUUGUACAAAAACAAUUUUGAAGAUCUUCAUUGCAAAUUCUAUCAACUUGAGAAACUAAUGCAGGAACAGCUGCCGGACCUGUACAACCAUUUUUGUGAUCUGAACCUGGAAGCUCAUAUGUAUGCAUCCCAGUGGUUCCUCACUCUUUUUACUGCCAAGUUUCCUCUCUGCAUGGUGUUCCACAUCAUUGACCUACUGCUGUGUGAGGGUUUGAACAUAAUUUUUCAUGUAGCCUUGGCUCUCCUAAAGACCUCAAAGGAAGACCUCCUGCAGGCUGAUUUUGAAGGCGCUUUGAAGUUCUUCAGAGUUCAGCUUCCAAAGAGAUACCGGGCAGAGGAGAAUGCAAGAAGGUUGAUGGAGCAGGCUUGCAAUAUUAAAGUACCAACCAAAAAGCUGAAGAAAUAUGAAAAAGAAUAUCAGGCAAUGCGGGAGAAUCAGCUGCAACAGGAAGACCCAAUGGAUAGGUACAAGAGGGAGAACAGAAGAUUACAGGAAGCCAGCAUGAGGUUGGAACAAGAGAAUGAUGAUCUUGCCCAUGAACUAGUGACAAGCAAAAUUGCUCUGCGGAAUGACUUGGAUCAGGCAGAGGACAAGGCUGACGUGCUGAAUAAGGAGCUCCUAUUGACCAAGCAGAGGCUGGUGGAGACCGAGGAAGAGAAGAGGAAGCAAGAGGAAGAGACUGCUCAGCUAAAAGAAGUCUUCCGGAAACAGCUAGAAAAGGCAGAAUAUGAGAUAAAGAAGACAACAGCUAUCAUUGCUGAGUAUAAACAGAUAUGUUCUCAGUUAAGUACCAGACUGGAAAAACAGCAAGCAGCCAGCAAGGAGGAGCUGGAAGCAGUAAAGGGUAAGAUGAUGGCAUGCAAACACUGCAGUGACAUUUUCAGCAAGGAAGGAGCUUUAAAGCCAGCAGCCAUAAGUAGAGAGGACCAGGGAAUUGAAGCAGAUGAUGAGAAGGAUUCACUUAAGAAGCAACUGAGGGAGAUGGAGCUGGACCUGGCACAAACUAAACUGCAGCUCGUGGAAGCCAAGUGCAAAAUUCAGGAACUUGAGCAUCAGAGAGGAGCGCUUAUGAAUGAAAUACAAGCUGCAAAAAACUCUUGGUUUAGCAAAACCCUGAACUCUAUCAAAACAGCCACAGGCACCCAGCCACUACAACCACCACAGGCUCCGCAGCCACCCAAGGAGAGCACAUAGCUCCAGCCUCAGUGGAGCACAAGAGCACAAUGAUCAAAACAACAGAAACCAAGAAUUCUUCCUGUUGCUCCUUUGAAAGAAAGUAAAGGAGACCAGAAAGCAAAUUAGAAUCUUUAGUAGCUCUGUCUUUUGUGUAUGACAUUUUUCAAAGAGAUAUUUAAGCCAACCUGAUUUAUGUUGACUAUCUUUCCCAGCUUCUUCAUGGAGAGCCACAUUCAGAUCCAUCAUAGUAUUACACAUUGUUUUAUAUGCCUGAAAUUUAGUUGAAAAUAAGUAAUCUAGAACUAAAACUGCUUUGUUUAGAAUUAAUUAUUCAUAAUAAUUUUUAUCUCACACAAAAAUGGAGACAUGUUAUUCCAAGGUUAAAAUGGUUAAGAUCUUUGUCACAAAAUUCUGUCUUUAAAGGGAAACUAAACCUCUUUAACUUUCCGGGAUUAUUAAGAUAAAGCACACUGUGGGACUACACAUGACCAUUGACAGGUUUCACACUGAAAGUGACUUCCAGAGUAGUGCUACACCUGUCCCAAGAAAAGAACAGAUCAGGGGUUGGCUUCAAAGUUCCCCCUAAAUUAUUUUGAGUUGGCUACAUUUGUAAAUGGAGUGCCAAGAUCUGUGGAGUAGAUAGGCUACUGCACUCUAGGUAAAUAGAGACUCCAGUAAAUGUGCAAUAAAGUCAUGUGGCUCUGGGGUUCUAGCAGAUCCUUUUAAGGACUCCACAUGGGGCUCAUUCUCCUGAUGUGCCUUUGUAUGAACACAGAGGUGAAUUGUGGCUAAUGUAACCUCAGAGAUGAUGGAUAGUGUAAGUUGCAGACUUAGGGACCACUCACUGGAGAAGUCUAAAAAAGGUCCGUGAUAGGCAUUGUACUUUUGAGUGGAACAGUGAUAAUGUUCUGUACUUUAUUAAAGGCUGUGAUAUUGCCAAGGAAGUUGAAGAGAGCUUCCUAGAACCUUAGUGUUAGGCAAUUUUUCUAACUUCUCCCUUACCCUGAAACUGUGUGCCUUGCACACCUGGGAAUAAAGAAAAACAAGUAUGUUUUCACAUUUUUUAUUUACUAAACCUUUAUAGAAAUACUUAACUCAUGGAAAGGUAAGGUUACUGUUAAAAAUUGGUGCAGAUAUUUUUCCAAUUAUAUUUGGCAUGCCUGUAUAAAUAGCCCUUUCAAGAAAUUAUUUGGUAAGAACAGAACUAAUUUUUCCAUUUUCUAAGCUACUAUGGAAAUCUCUGGUCCCUUUACAGCAACCAAACUACUGUCAGUCAUGUACAGUAACAUUUAUUUAUAUUCAUCUUUGGCUUCAUUGUUAAGCAUAGUGUUUCCAAAGUAUCUUACACUAUGUAGUGCCAGAGCAGUUCUCCUCUGUGCCAUAUGUUGUAACUGUAAUUACACACUCUAAGAGGUAAGCCUCAGACAGAGCACGGUCGUGUAUCCCCCCCCUUCAAGUUGCUCAUGAUAGAGACUUUCCUCUAAAAUCACACUUUUGAGUUCUAGUAAGUGAAGAGUCUUUAAUCUCUAAAUGUCUCUGUCAUCUACAGGCCAUAGAACUGAUAUGGUUGUUUGAUAUGUUACACUUAUCAAACAAUACUCUCCAUAUAGAAGUUUCAGUUUUAGUUCUGGUGUCUUUUAUCAGAAGUUUCAUUUCCUUUUAUCAAAAGGCAAUAAACCAGAACUCUAGUUAUCUUUGUUGACUUAACAUUCCCUACGUGGUGAUUUAGAUGAGCUAUUUUUUUUCCAUAAUGGCUAGAACAUCACAUGAUUUCUGUCAAUCAUUUAGUGUAGCCAGUUAGCUUUCUUUGGUAUUGUGCACUAUGACUCCAGGAAGCCCUGGACAAGUCACUUUUUCAAAUGGCCAGCUAAAUUAAGGAGCACUUUUGUGAACUUCUAAUACCAUUCACAGCUCUUUUUAACUUCUGAAAAUAAAUACAUUCCACAGAAUACCUAAGUUGGUAAUUUUCAUAAGUGGUAAAUGAGGGAAACAGAAUGGCUCUAGAUCAAGUAUCUGUUCAGGUUCAUCGUCCCUUUGCUUUUUCUCAUUAAACAAGAUCACCAGGAGCAUAUAUUUUAAGAGUUAAAUAUAUCUUUUGAGUUUUCAUUUAACUCUUGCAAGUAUAUAAUCUUUUUUGUUUUCCAGUACCAUCUGAUAUUUGGGCAUGUAUUUUGGUAUUAGGUUUAAAUUGCCUGUAUUACACUAUCUUUAAGUUAGUAGCAAAAGUAAAGAUUGGAAAGAAUAUUCAAGAGGUAAUAUGUGAUUUCUUGUUCACUAUUUCACCAUAGCAAUGCCGCAAACCUUACAUUAUUCACUAUUGCUUAAGAACUCCAGAGGGCCAACAUAAAGCAAGUUCUCAUUAUAAUUUCACUUACUUUUUUGCAUAUUUGAGAACUGCAACUUUUUUUCUUGAGACAGGUUCUACUAUGUAAUCUAAUCUAGCCUUGAAUUUAGAACCUGCCUACUUCAGCCUUCUAAGCACUGAGAUUAUAGGCAGGAACCAUAACAGCUAAAAUUAUUCUCUUGGAUUCCUUAUAGAAAAAAGAUAAGCCAGGCAUAUAUCCAAGAUACCUUUCAAUCAUGGUACUUUCUUUCAUCUUUUCCCAAGAAUUACAUGAUAGAAAACACUCCUCUAAAAUGCUAAUAUUUAUAACCAUCUGGAAUUGAUCAUUUCUCUUUUCAUUGAGUUCUACAGACUACAAUGAAGAGUCAACUCAUUCCUUAGCUUUUAUAACUUGAUGGUCUCAUUUAGUGUGUUCUCAAAAGCUGAAAGACACUGGAUUUUGGAAUGCCUAUGUUUGGCGCACAUCCUGGGCUGGUUAUUUUUAAGUAUAUAUAAUUUAAUGCAAAGGGAUUCUUGAUUCACUACACUUCAGUAUACAAGUCCAUAUCAGAAACAGUAAUAGGAAUGCCACAUAGUCCUGCAGCCUAUAUUUUCAUACAGUAUCUGUUAUCCCCUCACCAUCUGUUAAAUUAAUAAUUUCUUUUUCUUUGGCUUUCUUGAAUUUACCUGAUAAAGUUGAAAAGUCCCCUUUGUACUGAUAAUGAGAGUUUAGUUUUUGUUUCAUUUGUUUUUAAAAUGUUCACUUUUUCCUACAGUAUAUAUUUAUUUUUCUCCAACCCCUGCUCUGUUUCAACUAUUUUCCAGUUAGUAACUAGUGGUUUCAUUUCUUAGCUAACGUCAAGACAACUGAAACAAUACACAGGAGAGAGGGCACAGCAGAUGAAAACCUAGACCUUUAAAGUAAUCUCCUAGGCUAGUGUCAGUGUUGGUUGUGAUCCACACCCACAAUCUCUGCACUCAGGAGGCUGAAGCAUAGGAAUGCCUGUGAGGUCAAGUCAAGCAUGGGCUACACAGUGAGUUCCAAGCUAGCCAGGAUGACAUGGCAAGGCCCUGUUAAAAAAAAUAAAAUGUAUACCUAAUAUCAGAAUUGAAAUGAAAUCAACUCUGCUAAUGAAUUCACCAACUGUGUGCAUCCAGCACUAAAGUGGUUGUCUGUAUUUUAGGAUGCCUUUAAGUGGCCAGAAAGAACAUUUUAAAAAUACUUAGUAAUCUUUUAAGAAAGACACUUAGAAAAUGAUUGUAUUACAUAACUUAUUCUUUAUAAUACUCUAUAAUAGAUGAUUCUCUUGCUUUACUAUCUAGCAAAUGAGAUAAUGAACAAUUGUGCUGUAUGGUUUGAAUAGUUAGGGGUACGUUUGCAUGUGUGCAGUGUGUGUGUGUGUGUGUGUGUGUGUGUGUGUGUGUGUGUGUGUGAGAUAGGGUAUCCCUAUUUCUUUUGUUUACCUAGAUACCAUGUAACCAAAUACACGUUAGAUUUCAAGACAUAGUGAUCAAAACUGGAAGCCCAAACAGCAGCUCUGUGGCCUGUUUCCAAUGACCAAGCAUAAAACUCUGUCUAGCCUUUGUGCUGAGGGUCACACUGAGCUCUCUUCCUUUCUUCUGGUGGCUUUUAUGUAAUACAUGCAACAUGCAAGGCACUUUAUGUUACCCACUUCCUUAACUUUCAAACUCUGCAAACAUAAGGACCCCCAUACAGACUAUACCUCAACAGGUGAUGCUGAUUUUGAAUUAUAAGACAAGUAGAUGCUUAUAGAAUUUAAGUGACUAGUCAGCUGUCCCAUGUAUCAGUCUCAAUUUCCUCUUAAAACAACAAAAUCUACACUUUGAUCUUACCUCCAAUAAAACAUGCCACUUGUUAUAAAACUGUCUCCAUCAAUAUAUACCCAUCAUUCUGCCCUUAUCUCUGGCUUAUCAUUAAGUGUAUUUGAAAAGUUUAAGAAAAGUGAAUCAUUGGGAAGAAAAUGAACAUUACUUUUUAUUGGCAAUUGAUUAACAUAAGAUUCUUUCCACUAAACUGCAACUUUGAAUUUCUAUAUUACAUACGGAAAAAGAUCAAAGAAACUGAUUAGUGAGAAUAUAAAUGCAUCAAAAGACUAAUGUCAUGAAAGCACAAGGAUAAAGCUGGAGGUGAUCCCAGGAUCCAACAUGUCCCAAGAGCCUUCUAAAUUGGCUUUGCCAUUCUUGGCAUUUUGCAUAAUGCAUGGAUUCUUAGUUCAAAUUAGGGGAGAAUCUUCUGUCAUCCCCAUUCCUUUCUUUCCAGCUCCUGCCUUUGCCUUACUGAGGAGGUAGUACAAACCUAUGCUGUUUUUAUGAGACAUGGUUUUACCCAGCAUCUACAAAGAAAAUAGGUUAGAAUAAAGGAGUUGAUUAGUCUGGGAGUGCUAAUUGACUAUAAAAAUCAACAUUAGCCAUCAAUCUCUUCCUCUAUAAACAGUGACCAAUUAGUUGUUUCCAUAAUGCCAUGUAUUAUGUAUAGUACACUCUAUUAAUGUAAAUGUGAUGCUUGUUAAGAAAGUGCAAUUUAUUGUACAUUGUCUCAAUAAAUGUUUACUUUUAUAAUCGUUAUGAACUUGAAUCGGAUUGGUAUCUUGUGUAGAUGGGUGAAUGAAACCUUGUGAAUAAACAAAUGUGACCAAGAAAGUAACAAGGUGGCUGUUUUUGUGAGCCAGUGAUGUUUUUGAUGCUUUGUGUUGCCCUUCCAGUUCCAUUAAACAGUAAUAAACAUUUGUUUUAAAGUC